AUGCAAGUAGUUACUAUUAUAUUACUACUUCUUCUUUGUAAUGCAUCUGACUGUAGGAGGACAAGGAAUAGGAGUUUGAGAAACAAUGGAAGGGAAAACAUCUUAAGGAGAGCAUCUAGCACUGUUAAGCGCAAUGCCCAAGGCUUAACAUGUGAUAUUUACACUUAUCUUCAUGAGAAAUACUUAGAUUGUCAGGAAAGAAAAUUGGUUUUUGUGGCACCUGAUUGGCCAGAGGAUAUAAAGCACAUGCUGCUAGCAAGAAACAGGAUUCGUAAAUUAAAGAAUAAUAUGUUUUCCAAGUACAAAGUACUGAAAAGUCUGGAUUUACAACAGAAUGACAUAUCAAAAAUUGAGAGUGAGGCUUUUUAUGGUUUGGAUAAACUUACCACACUCUUACUUCAGCAUAACCAAAUUAAGAUUUUAUCUGAGGAGAUUUUUAUUUAUACACCCAGUCUAAACUACCUGCGUCUCUAUGACAAUCCCUGGCAUUGCAGCUGUGAACUAGAAACUCUUGUUACAAUGCUACAGGUUCCAACAAACAGGAAUUUGGGAAAUUAUGCCAAAUGUGUGCACCCAAUAGAACUGAAAAAUCAAAAGCUAAAGCAGAUAAAAGCUGAUGAGCUAUGUAGUGAAAAGGACAGGCAGGAUCCCAAAAACAUAAAACGGGAGAAGCCUGAACCUGUCAAACCAGAAUUUGAUUCCUCUUUGUGCCACAUGUAUGUGUUUCCCGUGACAACUCUGAACUGCAAAAGAAAAGAUUUAAAGAAAGUUCCAGGUAACAUACCUCCAGAUAUAGCUAAACUUGAUUUGUCCAACAACAAAAUUAGACAGCUACGAGCCAAGGAGUUUGAAGAUGUCAGUGAACUGAAGAUAUUAAACCUAAACAGUAAUGGAAUAACAUACAUUGAUCCUGCUGCUUUUUCAGGCCUCAAUAACUUAGAGGAGCUGGAUCUAUCAAACAACAGCUUGCAGAAUUUUGAAUAUGGAGUACUGGAAGAUCUUUACUUUCUGAAAAUACUGUGGCUGAGAGACAAUCCUUGGAGAUGCGAUUACAACAUACAUUAUCUUUUCUACUGGCUGAAGCAUCACUACAAUGUUCACUACAAUGGCCUAGAAUGCAAAAUGCCUGAGGAAUACAAAGGAUGGUCUGUUGGAAAAUAUGUUCGAAGUUAUUAUGAGGAAUGCCCAAAAGACAAGCUUCCCAUUUAUCCAGAAACUUUUGAUCUGGACAAAGAUGAUGAGGAAUGGGAACGACACAAAGAGCAAACAGUUCAGACAGUAAAGAAGCAUGGUGUAAUUGUCACCGUAAUAGGCUAAUAAGGGAACUCUUUCCCUUAGUAGAUUUAGAUAUUUGAUACUUUGAGAAAGGAAAACAUGCUGUUUACAUUUGUUCUAAAUAUUCUGUUGGUUUAUAGGACUAUCUGCCUACAAAGAUGUCUGUUUAUUGCAGAUACUAACUACAGAAUGACAUUAGUUGGACAGCAUCCUUCAUCUAGCAGUUGUUUUUGACAAUUUGUUCUGGACACUCCUGUGAAAUAUUUUGGCAAAUGUU